UUUUUAAACGUCAAAUGAAAUCAUUACUAGAAAUGAUGUCGCAACACAGAACCGAAUAAGCUUAUUUAUAUUUCCAUAUCUGAGAACAGAUAACUUCGCAGAAUGGAUUAAUGGAUAGAUGACAGUACAGAUUUGGUAAUAAAAAUUUCUUCUUUGACUACAUAGAGGGAUUAUGAAUUUAUUUCUUGGAUGGAUAAUUUUAUUGGUGAAUCUAUCAUGUUUGAAAGCAUCAAAUGACACGCAGAAACCACACAUAGUGCUAAUAUAUGCAGAUGAUUUGGGAUGGAACGACGUCAGCUUUCAUGGAUCUCCACAAAUCCCCACCCCCAACAUUGACGCCUUGGCACUGAACGGAAUCACUCUGCAGAAUUACUACGGGGAAUGGCUCUGCACGCCUUCCAGGGCUGCUUUGCUCACAGGAAAAUACCCCAUGCGAUUAGGCCUUCAACAUUUUGUAAUUUUGGGUGGCGAAGCUUCAGGUUUACCCUUGAAUGAGACGACAAUGCCUCAGCGUUUCAAAGAAUUUGGCUACGAAACGCACAUGAUAGGAAAAUGGCAUCUGGGAUACCAAACUAAGGAAUAUACUCCCACUUACAGAGGAUUCGACACAUUUUAUGGAUAUUGGAAUGGUUUGAUCGACUACUUUGACCACACAUAUCUAGAAGAUUCCUGCGCGACGUUUGCUCAACCCAUAUUCGGCAUGGAUUUUCAUGACGGAUUGGACCCCGUCCUGGAUUCACAAGGGAAAUAUGCUACUCAUGUUUUCACUGAAAGAGCUGAAGAAAUCAUCAUGAACCACGAUACUUCGAAGCCUCUCUUUAUGUAUUUUGCCCAGUUAGCGGCUCACGCUGGAAAUCCGUACCAGAGAUCGCAAGCUCCGGAAGACGCCGUUAACGAGUUCGGUUACAUCGACGAUCUUGGCAGAAGAAUUCAUGCAGGUAUUGUAAAAGUGAUGGAUGAUAGCGUUGGAGCUGUUUUCAAAGCUUUGUACCAGAGGGACAUGCUUAAAAAUACCAUCUUCCUGUUCGUCGCCGACAACGGAGGUGAAAUAAAUCCAAAGCUUGGACAUGGGAGCAACUAUCCACUGAGGGGCAAUAAAUUCACUUAUUGGGAAGGGGGCAUCCAUCUCCCUGCUGUCAUCUGGAGUCCCUUGUUGAAUCUCAAAAAAUCACGAAUCUCACAUCAGCUCAUGCACGUCAGCGACUGGUUGCCAACUUUGUAUACCCGUAUGGGAGGAAAUGUUGAAGACCUUGGUCCUAUCGAUGGCAUCGAUAUGUGGCAAGCCCUUGUAAACGAUACUCCUUCUCCAAGAACUAAUAUGUUGCAAAAUUUAGAUUCUCUAUCUGGCCUAUCGGCUUACAGACAAGGAGACUUAAAGCUUACCACUGGGGGUUCUGAAACGAACUACAGUUUCUGGCACGGACAUUCAGGAAAAUUGAAUUCCAUGUAUGAAUCUAUGUAUGAAUGGGUCUUUAAAAAUGGAAGCGUCGUGAGGGAUAUCUUACAGGAGAUGGGGAUGUGGAUUGUGGAAGAUCCUGACGAUAUGUACAAGGGCCUCACUGUUACCUGCGAGAAACCACCUCCCCCAGAAGCUUACCUGUGCGAUCCAACGAAGAAAUCGUGCCUUUUCAACAUAACGGCUGAUCCUUGCGAAUACUUUGAUAUUGCAGAUCAAAAUACUGAUACGGUGAAUGAAAUGUGGGUAGCAAUAAAGAAAUAUCAGUCUGAAGAGAUGAAACCCCAGACAAAACCCUGCGACCCUUCAGCUAAUCCUAUGUGUCAUCACUUCCAAUAUGUCCCCUGGUUAGAUCCAAAUUUCUACAAAAAUUGCAACCUCACGACCCUGAAUCUUUCGUGAUAACAAACUGAAGUUCACCUUGAGUAUAAUAUGCAGUCGGACAGAUUACGUUACUUGGAUGCCAUUAUUGUUUUAUUAAGUUCUUUGUACUGUAAUAAUAUAGUUUCUUUUAUGUAAACAAAAAAAAUUAUAUAUAAUUGUAAACUGAAUCAUAAAAUAUCACAGUACCAUUCAACUAAUUAUUGUGUCAUCACUCCCUAUGUGUUCCUUGGUUGGACCCGGAUUACUACAAAAAUUGAGGGAUUUUGUGACCUUGAAUCUUCCGUGUUGCCAAACGGACAUUGACCUUCAGAUUACCAAAGUUGCAUCGAUGCCAUCAUUUGUUUAUAUUUUUUUUUUUUUUUUACUAAAAUAAUAUAAUUUUCUUAUAUAAAGGAUAAAUUUUGUAUUUAAUUGAAGAUUGAAUCAUAAAAAUAUUACAAUUUAUUUUCUUUUGUCGAAAUGUGAAUAUCAAAUUAAAAUUGUAUCAAUAAAUUUAAAAAGUUCAAAUGCCA